UCAGACCACAACUUCCCCUCUUGGCUGUGAGGUAUGCGAUACUCUAGUCUUCACCAGAACGCAUAGGAAAAAAAAAAAAACACUUUCAGCUAGUUCUGUUUUGCUGUUCGCUGAAGGAGCCCAGUUGUUUGUGUUGAGCUUGUGUUACCAUGGCUGGGUGGGGCAGAAGCACAUUACUCGUGGCAAUUCCUCUGUGGAUGUGUUUCGGAAAAGCUGCUGCUCUUUCAGAACCUCAGAUCUGUUACGUGCUGGAUGGUAUCCUGUUUUUGUACGGCAUCAUCCUGACAGCUCUCUACUGCCGGAUCAAGAUCUACAAUGCCAGGGAGGCUGAAGCUGGGAAAAGAAAACCAGCUCAGAAUGUUGAAGAGGGCAUCUACACGGGUUUGACCCCUCAUGCCCAGGAUACGUACGAAACCAUCGGCAUGAAGAAGUGAUGUGAUGACUUAAAGUCCAAGACAGACAUUUUCUAUGAAAUUCCUUUUUUAAAAAUUGUAUUUAAUAUUGCAUAUUAUACUCUGCAUAGACUGAGAGAAUGUGAGAUUGUAGUUGUGCUCAUUUCCCUUUUGCUAAUGUAGAGUUAAAGUUAAGAAAGAUACAAACAGGGAAGUAGAACUCAAGAUCAACAUUCUCAAAGUUGCUUGUAUAAGAUAUUCUCUGCGCUCUGUUAUAUUUAAUUUUUGUAUGGGUGAAUGUGUGUGAAUAAGAAAGAUGUCAGUCCACUCUGCCUUUAUAUUAGUUCUUUAUUCUCUAAGUUUCAUUUCUUGAAAUCAUUUUGAUUGCUUAACAGCACAAAACAGGAAGAAGAUGUUGUUUCUUCCUGCAGAAAAACGCUCUAAAAGUAUCAUAGAUUUUAGGAAAGAUGGCUGAUUGUGGACGCAGUUAAAGGCUGCUGGGGGGGCGUCCUCUACAGUACAGUACCUUGGAGGUGCUGAGCUGUAUUCCCUGUACACCACAGGAUGGCAGUGAUGGUGUCAGUGGCGUGGUCCUUACCCUCAAUCAGAGGUGUCCAAACUGUUCCACAAAGGGCGGUGUGGCUGAAGGUUUUUGUUCCAACCAAUCAAGAGCACACAGUUUGACCAAUCAACUGUCUGAAGACAGUUGAUUAAAUGAGUGAAGUCAGGUGUGCUGCUGCUUGGUUGGAACAAAAACCUGCAGCCACACAGCUCUUUGUGGAACAGUUUGGACUCCUCUGCCCUAAAUAAAAUGAAAGAAAUCACACACACUUCUGUAAAAGUUGUUUUGUAUGUGAAUUGUUGCGUGUACAUAGCUUAAAGCUCUUAUACUUCUACAUAGUCUAUAAAAUCGAUAUCAUUUUUCAUGUACUUUGUUAAAUUACUUUGGCUCUCUUCGAGUUGCAGUGGUAAAUCAAAACAACCCUGUCUCUCUGUGAUUAUGUUUACAUGAGGAGUGGUAAAACUCCAGCCAUCAACAAUCACACAAAUAAUUAAAAGUCACAGUUUUCUGACAGUGAUUUGACUAUUAUGAAGCUCAUAAAGAUUUCCAUCAUGUCAGGCUGAAAAGAUUUUAUAUGAGUCUUUUACAUGCAACUAAUAAAUCUGAAAAAGACUGCAACUGUGUGAUCCUGUGAGGAAAAACAAUGAAGCCAAAAAAAAAAACAUUUAGUAUAAUGUACAGCAGAUUUAUGAGGUGGGUGUAACGAUGACAUUUCAUUUGGAAUAAACUUGAUUAAAUAUUA